GCGACAUUAUUAUUGUCAAUAUCCGCAUUUGGUGGUUUAGGUAAUAUGCUGGUUAUCUUUGUUAUAUGCAAGACAAAAAAAUUACAAAAUGUAACUCAUUAUUUGAUUGUGAAUUUAGCCAUUGCUGAUAUGGUUGUAGCUUACUCUUCCUUAGACAAGGCAGUAUGGAAAAUUUGGACGAAUUUAAAUGGUGGAGAGAUGAACACGUUUGCGAAAGUUUUUUGUAAAACAAGUGCAUAUUGUAUGUUUCUUUCAUUCAUUGCUUCGACUAGUUUCCUAAUUGCGUUAAGUAUUGAACGAUAUUACUCAAUUCUUAAACCGUUCGAAAAUAGGUUAGAUCGACGAAAAUUGAAAAUAUUAAUAUUUGGUGUAUGGUUUUUAAGCUUCAUUUUCGGUAUUCCACAAAUAUUCACAACAACAGCUCCAAGUAAAUUUCAUUAUCAAUGCUUUGUACCGCAAAUUAGUGGUGCUUUUAAUCUGUGUUAUUUCAUCAGUCUUACAUUGGUUUUGUACGUUAUACCAUUAGUUACCAUGACUAAUAUUUACAUUCGUAUUGGAAUCUACGUAUUAAAUAAUAAGAUACCUGGAGAUCCGACAAAAGAUACAGAGCUACUCCAUCAGAAGCGAAAUCAUCGUGUUGCUACUACUUGCUUUGUUAUCACAGCGCUGUACAUGAUGUCUGCAUUGCCUAUGGCUAUUAACUUUAUAAUUAUUGCAUUUAGCGGUAACGCUGACGAUGACAGCACAUUUGCUGAAAAAGGAGGACUAAUACUCUAUUCUAAUUUAUCUCAGGCGAUUUAUGUACUAUCUUGCGCUUAUAAUCCAGUGGUAUAUAAUUGUUUAAGUAGCGAUUUUCGCAAAGCUUUU